AUGUCAAAAAAGGGAGAUCUGGGUGCCGACCACCGAGAGGAGGAAGAAGAAGAAGAGGAGGAGGACCUCAUCAAUCAUAUUGUUGGGGGCGCUUCUAGCGAUACGCAAGAUAUGGAACGUGAGCGAAUGAAGCUACUGCUGGCGAAUUUCGACGAGGACCAAAUGGCCAGAUACGAAGCGUUUCGUCGAGCAAACAUCAAUCGAAACGCCGUCAAGAAGCUGGCGAAUGCGAUUUUGAACCAGUCCAUUAGUGCAAAUGUGUCGGUGGCCCUGUCUGGUAUGUCCAAGGUUCUUGUUGGUGAUAUUGUCGAGCGCGCUCGGGAUGUGCAAGCGCGAUAUGAGAACAUUGAGGGCGUAGAGCCUGGCCCUUUACGGCCCGAAUAUCUAAGAGUGGCAUGGCGAGAAUACAAAAGAGACACGGGGUCUGUUCCCGGGUUCCGUUGGUCACGGGUGGGUGAUAUGGACCGCUUGUUUUAA